CCCGCAAUUCCCGCCCCGCGCAGGGCCCGGCUGAUGCAGAGCUUUAAGGAGUCGCACUCGCACGAGUCGCUGCUGAGCCCCUCGAGCGCGGCCGAGGCGCUGGAGCUCAACCUGGACGAGGAUUCCAUCAUCAAGGCCGUGCACAGCAGCAUCCUGGGCCAGGAGUUCUGCUUCGAGGUGACCACGGCGUCGGGCACCAAGUGCUUCGCCUGCCGGUCGGCGGCCGAGAGGGACAAAUGGAUCGAGAACCUGCAGCGCGCCGUCAAGCCCAACAAGGACAACAGCCGCCGCGUGGACAACGUGCUGAAGCUGUGGGUGAUCGAGGCGCGCGACCUGCCGCCCAAGAAGCGCUACUACUGCGAGCUGUGCCUGGACGACAUGCUGUACGCGCGCACCACCAGCAAGGCCCGCACCGACAACGUCUUCUGGGGCGAGCACUUCGAGUUCAACAACCUGCCGGCCGUGCGCACCAUCCGCCUGCACCUCUACAAGGACACCGACAAGAAGAGGAAGAAGGACAAGAGCAACUACGUGGGCAUGGUGAGCAUCCCCAUCGCCAGCGUCACCGGGCGGCACUUCGCCGAGCAGUGGUACCCCCUGAGCCAGCCCAGCGGCAGCAAGAGCAAGGCCGGGUGCCCGGCGCUGCGGGUCAAGAGCCGCUUCCAGACCAUGAGCAUCCUGCCCAUGGAGCUCUACAAGGAGUUCGCCGAGUACGUCACCAACAACUACCGCAUGCUCUGCGCCGUGCUGGAGCCCGUGCUCAGCGUCAAGAGCAAGGAGGAGGUGGCCUGCGACCUGGUGGCAGACAACAGCCGCCGCGUGGACAACGUGCUGAAGCUGUGGGUGAUCGAGGCGCGCGACCUGCCGCCCAAGAAGCGCUACUACUGCGAGCUGUGCCUGGACGACAUGCUGUACGCGCGCACCACCAGCAAGGCCCGCACCGACAACGUCUUCUGGGGCGAGCACUUCGAGUUCAACAACCUGCCGGCCGUGCGCACCAUCCGCCUGCACCUCUACAAGGACACCGACAAGAAGAGGAAGAAGGACAAGAGCAACUACGUGGGCAUGGUGAGCAUCCCCAUCGCCAGCGUCACCGGGCGGCACUUCGCCGAGCAGUGGUACCCCCUGAGCCAGCCCAGCGGCAGCAAGAGCAAGGCCGGGUGCCCGGCGCUGCGGGUCAAGAGCCGCUUCCAGACCAUGAGCAUCCUGCCCAUGGAGCUCUACAAGGAGUUCGCCGAGUACGUCACCAACAACUACCGCAUGCUCUGCGCCGUGCUGGAGCCCGUGCUCAGCGUCAAGAGCAAGGAGGAGGUGGCCUGCGCGCUGGUGCACAUCCUGCAGAGCACCGGCAAGGCCAAGGACUUCCUGUCGGACAUGGCCAUGACGGAGGUGGAUCGUUUCAUGGACCGGGAGCAUCUGAUCUUCCGGGAGAACACCUUGGCCACCAAAGCCAUCGAGGAGUAUCUGAAGCUCAUCGGCCAGAAAUACCUCAAGGACGCCAUUGGCGAGUUCAUCCGUGCGCUCUACGAGUCGGAGGAGAACUGCGAGGUGGACCCCAUGAAGUGCUCGGCCUCCACCCUGGCCGACCACCAGGCCAACCUGCGCAUGUGCUGCGAGCUGGCGCUCUGCAAGGUGGUCAACUCCCACUGCGUGUUCCCGCGGGAGCUGAAGGAGGUGUUCGCCUCGUGGCGGCUGCGCUGCGCCGAGCGCGGGCGCGAGGACAUCGCCGACCGCCUGAUCAGCGCCUCGCUCUUCCUGCGCUUCCUGUGCCCCGCCGUGAUGUCCCCCAGCCUCUUCGGCCUCAUGCAGGAGUACCCCGACGAGCAGACGGCGCGGACGCUGACCCUCAUCGCCAAGGUCAUCCAGAACUUGGCCAACUUCACCAAGUUCGGGAGCAAGGAGGAGUACAUGGCGUUCAUGAACGAGUUCCUGGAGCUGGAGUGGGCCAGCAUGCAGCAGUUCCUGUACGAGAUCUCCAACCUGGACACGCUGACCAACAGCACCAGCUUCGAGGGCUACAUCGACCUGGGCCGCGAGCUGUCCACGCUGCACGCGCUGCUCUGGGAGGUCAUGAGCCAGCUCAGCAAGGAGGCGCUGCUGAAGCUGGGCCCGCUGCCGCGGCUGCUGACGGACAUCAGCGUGGCGCUGCGCAACCCUCACCUGCAGCGCCAGCCCAGCCAGGGCGAGCGGCUGCCGCCCAAGGGGCUGGUGCUGCGCGGGCCCUCGGCCGACCUGCAGCCCUACCUCGUGCGCGACCUCAACAGCUCCGUGGAUCUCCAGUCCUACAUGGUCCGGGGGCUCAACAGCUCCAUGGACGUGCCGCGCCUGCCGUCGCCGCCGCAGGAGAAGGGUCCCCCCGAGGUGCUGGUGCUGAGCCGCCCGCCGCUCGCCCGCUCCUCGCCCGCCUACUGCACCAGCAGCUCGGACCUGACCGAGCCCGAGGGCGGCCGCGGCGGCGCGCUGGGCGUCGGCAAGAGCGUCUCCAUGCUGGACCUGCAGGACGGACGCGUGGACAGCAUCCCCAGCCUGCCGGCCGAGCUGCUGGCCGGGGGCGCGGCGCCGGGCGGCGCGGGCCAGGGCGGGCUGCGCGGCGGGAGGGGCGAGGGGGGCGGCGGCGAGGGGGGGCACUUCGGGGGCGUCGCCCCGCCGCCGCUGCACGGCUACAGCAAGAGCGAGGAGCUGGCGACCCCUCCCCAAAAACACAUCACGCACAGCCACAGCUACAGCGACGAGUUCGGGCGGCCGGGCGGCGACUUCGGGCGCAGGCAGCUGUCGCUCCAGGACACGCUGGCCCCCCCCCAGAUCACCAUCGGGGGCCCCCCGCCGCCCACCCCGCGGGGGUCGCGGGCGGGGAAGGGGGGCGGGGGUCCCUCGGCGCUGGGGGUGCCCCAGAAGCCGCGCCCGGCCAGCGGGAACCUGCUGGCCUCGCCCGAGCCCGCCUACGGCCCGGCCCGCUCCCGCCAGCCCUCGCUGGCCAAGGAGGCCUCGGUGGCCAGCAUGAAACCGCCCAUCACCAAGCAGGCGUCGCAGACGCCGUCCACGCUGAACCCGGUGCUGCCGGCGUCGGAGCGCACGGUGGCCUGGGUGUCCAACAUGCCGCACCUGUCGGCCGACAUCGAGAGCGCGCACAUCGAGCGCGAGGAGUACAAGCUCAAGGAGUACUCCAAGUCCAUGGACGAGAGCCGGCUGGACCGGGUGAAGGAGUACGAGGAGGAGAUCCACUCGCUGAAGGAGCGGCUGCACAUGUCCAACCGCAAGCUGGAGGAGUACGAGCGGCGCCUGGUGACGCAGGAGGAGCAGACCAGCCGCAUCCUCCUGCAGUACCAGCAGCGCCUGGAGCUCAGCGAGAAGCGGCUCCGGCAGCAGCAGCAGGAGAAGGACUCGCAGAUCAAGAGCAUCAUCGGCAGGCUGAUGCUGGUGGAGCAGGAGCUGCGCAGGGAUCACUUGGGCGCCCACGACCCGUCCGAGGGCCGGCGGCGGCUGCUCGACGCUCAGGUGCUGUCCGUCAGGUAGCGCGGCCCGGCCCCGCCAGUGGCACCGGACCCUCGGCCACCGGUGACACCCCAGGUGGGUCCUUGUCCCCUCCCUGCCACCCCCCGGGCCGCACAGGGGGACCCUUGGGGACACGGAUCCCAGA